UCGACACCCAUCUUCUGAGAUCUUGCUAUAAAACCGCCGUAAAACAUCUCGUACUUUUCAGUUUAUGUAAGAGUCAUUAACCUGCGCAGCAGCAUUUUGAAUAUUUAACAAGUUUCAGGAUGGAUAACAAGUCUUACUUGGUUCAGAUGAAUGGUAAUGGAGUCCAUGGAAAAAGCACCGUUAAUGCCAAAAGCCUAAAUGGGACGGGAGUCAAGGGGAACGGCAUCCACCACGUCAGUGUGAAUGGCAGCUUAUAUCCGGCCAAAGCCAAGAGCCGCAGGCAGAGAUGGGAAGUGAAACCCUCAGAGAUGGCCAACAACACACUCAAUCCCAUCCGGGCCAUUGUGGAUGGGAUGAAGCUCACCCCAAACCCAGAUAAACCCAUGAUUGCACUCUCUAUUGGGGAUCCCACUGUGUUUGGAAACCUUCCUACAGAUGACGCAGUGAUUCAGGCCAUGAAAGAUGCCAUAGACUCCCAUAGAUACAACGGCUAUGCUCCUUCCAUUGGUUAUCUGAAGAGCCGAGAGGCUGUGGCCAACUUUUACAGCUGCCCUGAGGCUCCACUAACUGCAGAGGAUGUGAUUUUGACCAGCGGGUGCAGUCAGGCCAUUGACCUGGCUAUCAGUGUUCUGUGUAACCCAGGGGACAACAUCCUGGUUCCAUGCCCAGGCUUCUCUUUAUAUAAGACUCUGGCUGUCUCUAUGGGCAUUGAGGUCAAACUCUACAAUCUGCUGCCAGAGAAGUCAUGGGAGGCUGACUUGCAACACCUGGAGAGCCUGAUUGAUGAGAGGACAUCCUGUUUGAUUGUUACCAAUCCAUCCAACCCAUGUGGCUCCGUCUAUAGCAAGGAGCACCUACAGAAGAUCAUCAAAGUGGCCUCCAGACACUGCCUUCCUAUUCUGGCUGAUGAAAUCUACAGCGACAUGGUUUUCCCAGGCUGCGAUUGUCCUUCCAUGCCAUCUCUCAGCAGUGACGUUCCUAUCCUUUCCUGUGGCGGCUUAGCUAAACGCUGGCUGGUACCCGGUUGGAGGAUGGGAUGGAUCCUCAUCCAUGACAGGAAUGAUAUAUUUGGAUCUGAGAUUCGACAGGGUCUGGUGAAACUGACCCAACGUAUUCUGGGAGCCUGCAGCAUUGUCCAAGGUGCGCUGGAGAGCAUCCUCAAUAACACACCUCAAAGCUUCUACAACAGCACCAUCAGCUUUCUGAAGUCCAACGCAGAGAUUUGUUUCAACGAGCUGUCCACCAUCCCCGGCCUGAACCCCGUCAUGCCUUCAGGAGCCAUGUACCUCAUGGUGGGGAUCGAAAUGGAUCACUUUCCAGAUUUUAAAAAUGACGUGGAUUUCACUGAACGGCUGGUGACUGAGCAGUCUGUCUUCUGUCUGCCUGCCUCAGCAUUUGAGUAUCCUAACUUCUGUCGCAUUGUGGUGACGGUGCCAGAGGAGAUGAUGCUGGAGGCCUGUGGUCGCAUCAGGGAGUUUUGCCAGCGUCACUAUCGGCCCAGCAGCCGUGACAGCAAUGACCUGGACCAGUGAUGCAGCAGAGCCGGACCAGUCUGACAGCAUGGACCCUGCAGAGACCAAAGCCUGGAGGAGGGAAGAACUGUCCUCCAGUCACAUAUAUCGAGCUGGAAUCAGCUUUGAAAUUUUAUUCAACCAAGUUAGAGAUGUAGAAAUCAUAUGUCAAAACUGUGUUCAUAUUUGUUAUCACUCUAUAUGAUGGUCCAUUGAUGGUGUAAUUUUUGAGAAACUAAUAUUUAUAUUUUAUACAGGAAACUUAUAUUAACCUCUACUUGUUUUUUGUAUAUUUAUAUAAUUUGUGUAACGCUUUGUAUGUCUGUGUGAUGUACUCUCUUUGAUAUCAACUGCAGGAUUGUAGACCUUACAUAUACUGCAUGCACCAGUUGGCUUCUUUGCUGUCACAGUUAAAAAAGUGAAUAUAUAUUUGAACGUUCACUUUUAUAAAUGUUAUGAAUUGAUAAUCUUCUACAUACUUUGCUUGUGCUAGAAAAUGUUAGACUACACUGGCACACUCUUUAUCAGAACAAUCUCUAUACUAUUUGUAUUUUAAUUGCGUGUAAUACUGAGUCACAUAUAUUUACGGAAAAAAAAAAUAUUUUGUAGUUUCGUUAAUUGUUAUCUAAUAAAACCAUGUUGACAUGA